GUUCCCCUGGUUUCAAUGCUGUUAUUAGUGAGGUCGAGUUCCCUGGUUUCAAUGCUGUUAUUAGUGAGGUCGAGUUCCCCUGGUUUCAUAUGCUGUUAUUAGUGAGGUCGAGUUCCCCUGUUCCCUGAUUUUCUUUUUUCAAUAACUGUUAAAUCAUGAAAUGUCAUGAAUUUCUGCAGAAUGGGUGGAUGGCUGUAUUUGUUACCCUGUUAAGUUGUGUUUAUUUGUUAAUGCGAAUCUAUACAGUUAUAGUGCACAGCAAAUGUAGGUUGUGUUGUACAAAUGGCAAUAAUUGCUAUUUGAAUAGAAAGAAUAAUUGAAUCACCCUCAAGUUAAUGGUGGUUUUAUAUUCUGCAGGCAGGGGGCGCUACAGUUCAUUCUAACGUGGGAUUCGGGAGUCCUAUAAAUUAAAUAUUGUAGUCCGUAAUAAACGGUGUAUUAUGCAAAGCUUUAUAUUUAUACACAUCAACACACAGUUUAAUACCGAUUGAAUAAGUAAAUACAAUCAUUUGAGCGUUAAAAUGCAGUAGCCCACUCUGAAAUCUAAUAUCAUGGAUUGUAUUAUAAGGAGCUAUUAUUACAGCAACCUUUAAUAGUUGAUGUAGGCCCAGCUAACUCAUGCAAACUUAUGCAAAUAAUUAAGAGUAAAAUAUUAAACCGCCAACAGGGGGACAGUCUCUAAAAGCAGUUACAGUUUUACAUCUUCGUGAUGUCAUUCUCUGUUGGAGCAUUUCGCGGCAGCAGCAGGCGACACAGGUUGGGGGAAUCACGAGAAAGAGGGGGGGAGUUGACAGUUUACCAGGCGUAAAAGACUGGGAAACGAAGCCAAUAGACGAGCUACAAUUUAAAGAACAAAAGCAGCUGUCCGUCAACCUCUCCAAAACGCAGUCAUGUUAUCUUUAUCCGUUAGGAUAUGUUUUUAUUCUGAAUAGGCUAUUAUUCUCCAAUUACAUCGUUCUCUUCUAGCAAAACAUCCCAMGAUAGGAUAGAGUGGAUGUUAUUGUAAUAAUAGCCAUGAAUUCGGCGGAACAGACGGUAACGUGGCUGAUAACGUUGGGGGUCUUGGAGUCACCGAAAAAGACAAUUUCUGACCCUGAAGGAUUCCUGCAGUCUUCUCUCAAAGAUGGGGUUGUCCUGUGCAAGCUGGUGGAGCGAUUGCGCCCUGGUUCUGUUGAGAAAAUCUUCCAAGAACCAAGGAAUGAUAGUGAGUUCCAGAGCAAUAUAAAGGAGUUUCUGAAAGGCUGCGGGUCCUUCCGAGUGGAGCCAUUUGAGGUCAAUGACCUUCUCCAGGGACUGAACUUCACCAAGGUGCUCAACUCUCUGGUGGCACUGGCCAAAGCCACCGAGGACAUAGGAGUGGGCAGUGACUCUGUGUGUGCGCAUCACUCGUCCUCGUUACGGAUCAAGUCGUUUGACUCUCUGAACACUCAGUCUCCCCGCGGACGCUCCUCCAAGCUCCUCCACAACCAGUACCGCAGCCUGGACAUGUCGGAGAGCGGUGGGCAGCGGGUACUGGUGAGGGCCAAYUUCACCUUCCAGCAGACCAAUGAAGACGAGCUGUCCUUCAACAAGGGUGACAUGAUCAGUGUGUCYCGCCAGGAAGACGGCGGCUGGUGGGAGGGCUCGUUCAACGGCAACAAGGGCUGGUUCCCUAGCAACUAUGUCAAGGAGGUCAAAGYCAGCGACAACCCAGUGUCUCCUAAGUCUGGCACCCUCAAAAACCCUGUGAAAGGCUUUGACACACCAGCUGUCAGCAAGACCUACUAUAACCUGGUGCUCCAGAACAUUCUAGAGACCGAGACCGAGUAUUCCAAGGAGCUCCAAAGCCUACUGACCUCAUACCUGCACUCACUGCAACCCACAGACAAGUUGAGCAGUGCAGACGUCAGUCACAUUCUGGGGAAUCUGGAGGACAUCUCUACCUUCCAGCUGAUGUUGGUUCAGUCCUACGAGGAAUGUACCAGGCUUCCAGAGAGCCAGCAGAGAGUAGGGGGCUUCUUCCUCAACCUGCUGCCCCAGAUGAAGGCUCUCUACAUGGCCUACUGCUCCAACCACCCCUCGGCUGUCAACGUCCUCACAGAACACAGUGAGGAGCUGGGGGAGUUUAUGGAGGGGAAGGGAGCCAGUAGUCCAGGUAUCCUGACCCUCACCACUGGUCUCAGUAAACCCUUCAUGAGGCUGGACAAAUACCCUACACUGCUGAAGGAACUGGAGAGACACAUGGAGGUGCAUCAUCCUGAUCAACCAGACAUCCAGAAGUGUUUGACCUCCUUCAAAAGCCUCUCUGCUCGGUGUCAGGAGGUGAGGAAACGUAAGGAGCUGGAGCUGCAGAUUCUAACUGAGACGAUCAGACGCUGGGAGGGAGAUGACAUCAGAACCCUGGGCCCUGUCCUGUACAUGUCACACACACUCUGCCACACACACGGAUCAGAGGAGAAGAGUGAACGCUACCUCCUGCUGUUCCCAAAUGUUCUCCUACUGCUGUCUGCCAGCUCCAGAAUGAGUGGAUUCAUCUACCAGGGUAAGCUGCCAUUGACAGGAAUGCUUAUCUCAAGGAUAGAAGAUUGUGAGGUGGUCAAAAACGCUUUUGAAAUAUCAGGAAGUACGUGUGAGCGGAUGCAGGUGGUAUGUAACAACCAGCAGGAUUUGCAGGAGUGGGUGGAGCAUCUGUCAAGACACACUCAGAUCAGAAACGCCCCCUCCGUGAUCAUGACCACACCCACCGCCAAGCCCCAGUCUGUCCCCUGCCACACGCUCCCGUCCCAUCCCCUGACCCCCUCCAGACACUCAGAGAGUAGGGGUGUAUCUGGGGGCCCUGCCUACCACACCCUACCCCACCCCUCCUCCCACGGGGRCCCUCAAACCRCCCCCAUGUGGGGUCCCCUGGAGCCCCCCAGCACCCCCAAACCCUGGAGCCUCAGCUGCCUCCGCCCCGCGCCCCCACUCAAGCCCUCGGCAGCACUUUGRRAUAAAGAGGAUKUGAGUAAAAGUCCUAAGAGUAUGAAGAAGCUGCUGCCUAAGCGUAAGCCUGAGAGGAAACCUUCAGAUGAGGACUUUGCUACCAGGAAGAGUACUGCAGCUCUGGAGGAGGAUGCCCAGAUCCUGAAAGUGAUCGAGGCCUACUGCACCAGCGCCAAAACACGACAGACACUCAACUCAACAUGGCAGGGUACUGAUUUGAUGCAUAACCACGUGCUGGCCGAGCCAGUUGACCGGUCCAGUGUGGACACUAUAGGUUGCCGUAGCAGCCUGUCCAGAGGGACCGAGCCCUGGUCUGACCUAUCAGAGGACUCGGAUUAUGACAGUAUAUGGACCGCCAGUAGUUACAGGACCUCCUCCGCUUCUCGAUCCAGGGAGAAGUCAGGUCUGCACAUGCUCUUCCCUGAGGAGGAGAAGAUCAUCGUGGAGGAGACCAAGAGCAACGGACAGACUGUCAUCGAGGAGAAGACUCUAGUAGACACGGUGUAUGGGCUGAAGGAUGAAGUACAGGAGCUGAAACAGGACAACAAGAAGAUGAGGAGGACCCUGGAUGAAGAGCAGAAAGCCAGGAAGGAGCUGGAGAAGAUCCUGAGGAGAGUCCUGAAGAACAUGAAUGACCCCACCUGGGAUGAGACCAACCUGUGAAUACUCAGAUGACAUCACAUCAACGUGGUUGGGUUCGGGCUCCACCGUGACGAGACCAACCUGUGAAUACUCAGAUGACAUCGCAUCAACGUGGUUGGGUUCGGGCUCCACCGUGACUGGACCAAAGUUGUUAACCACAAAGCCAUCUGACGUAACACUGUGAACUGACACACUGUGGAACACUGAUCUGUCACUGUUGUAAGAGACUGGGUGUGGUCCAAAGUCAAAACAGCCAAUGAAAAUGCAACGUAGCGUCCCUGAAUCACUCUGGAAGACUAUUGGCUGCGACAUGGACCUCAGACCUCUUUGUGUUGAUCUGGGAUUGGAAAGAGGCUGGAACAAUCACACUAGUGAAGAUACGUGGUUUGCUCUUCUCAUCUUUGCUGAUCUGCACUGGUAUGUGCAGUAGGUCCCUAGUGCCUACAAAGGGAUUUCCUUCCACCUGUCCAGUUUGAUGCAGAUGAAAGACGAGGAAAGGUAGCCACAGUAGACUAUUGAGAUGCAACCCAGACGAUUUUGACAGAUGAGGAUUUUGUCACUGCCUGCAUUACCCUGCUGCCAAGCUCCUCAACACCCCCACCCUCCUCUUACCCCACUKUGGAGCAUCUCCCUGCCCAUUCCUCUGAGCCUUGUAGGAACCUAUGGCCAACACACAGAACAGCAUAACCUCUAGCUCAUUCUGCAUGUUUCCAUGGAAACCUUAGCAAUCCAAUACUGGAACGUUUUCAGGUGAUUUUUGAUGCUUUCUGAUGAUGAUUAUUUGAAAUAUUCUGGAUGACCUAUUUCUUGUUUGUUACUGUUAUUUUACCUGAUAAUGGACUUUCUAUUUUAAUGCUUUCCUGAAAACACUGUAUUUCUACUUUUGCUUUUCUAGUUUGUCACUUAUGAUUUGUACAGAAACUAACCGUAGCGUCUCAAAUUAAUAUCAUGAAAUGUGCCUUGGGGAAAUUAUUCCAUGAUAUUAGCUUACAUUUCUGGCAGGCUCUUCAGUUUAAAAUACUUCAAAUAUUCCAAUGCAAUAUUGAUUCCAAUGAUGAACACUAAUGUAAGCUACUUAUCUAACUAUUUCAGAUUCUAUGUUAUGUCUGUAAUUUAUGUAUUUAAAUGAAAUUGACUGAGAAAGGUAUUGUGCACUCCUUAAGUCUAUUGUUCAGUGAAAACCUCCCUCCCAUAUCCCUCCUAUUUAUUACCUCUUCCUCUAUCACUCUUCUCAGCUUGUCUCUGAAUUAAACCAGUAAACUGAA